AUGAAUUCUGGAUUCAUGUUCCCUCCCUUGGGAAAGGAAAAUAGAGUGUUAGAACAAGCUCCAAGUAACAGUGAUUCAAUGGAUUUUAAAUUUCCAAGAGAAAACAUGCAAUCUGGCCAACAGGCACAACCUCAGGACAUAAGAGCUGAUCCCACAACUAUGGGAUCUAACAUCGAGCAAUGUAGCCAACAAGCUGUAAAUGUAAUAGACAUACCAUAUGUUGAACAUAAUGGAACUCAAUAUGAAUACAACAUUGAUAAGACGAAAGUUGUUGAGAAUAGGAGUUCUAGCACUGCUGACCAAGAUUCAAUGUCAGUUCCAAAUCCAAAUAAAGGAGUCUCUGCCAUAGUGACAUCAAAUCAACCACAUCCCGGUCCAGCAUCGGCUAAUAGCGCAUCUUCUUUUCCAGACGAAUAUGCUGCAGGGUUAAGGCAGAAGGCAGCAACUGACUGGAAGAGUCCAUCUGAGUAUGCAUUGCAUAUCCUCUUCACAAAAUUCGUUAGAUUUGCUGAAACUAAACUAAAUUUAUGUCUACAAUAUCCUAGAGAUACGGAACCCCCAAUUAUUGAUAUACUAGGUGAAGGUAAGGAUAGUGAAUUUGAUAAAGUUAUAGAAUCACUAGGAUAUAUUUCAAAAAAAAAUGCCAAACCUGUUAUUGAUGCAAUGAUGUUCUGGAGAAAGACCAAAUCAGAAGUAGCUUCAUUAGCGGCAGACAACCUUAAUAAAGUUCUACAAGAAUACGACCAAUAUAUCAGAGAAAAUGACCCGGGAUUCGCGGUUAAAAAAACACAUUCGAAAUCUUUGAGUUCCUCAAGUAGCAGACUGACACACAAGCGUAAUAAUUCUUCGAAGUCUUCUGCAAGCAUUAGCUCUAAUAUAGACCCUAAAUUAUCAUUCCUACAAAGUCAAGUCGAAAGAGCAAGAGACAUGGCUUUCCAGGCUGACCGGAAGUCACUAAUAACCAUCUACAUUUUAUGCCGUGUAUUGAUCGAAAUUGUCAAACAAAACCCAACGAAUUUCGAUAACGAGCUAAGCUCAAAGCUUGAAAACAUUGUAUUCACACAAUUGAAAACAACAGAUCCUUCUUCUUUAUCAUCUACGCUGAUAAAGUCGGCAAAUUGGAACUCUUUUGCUGAGCUCUUAGGAUGGAUGAGCGAGAAAAAUUUUGUUUCUGUGAGUGACAAAUUUAUUGCGGACCUUGAAAAAGUACCAGCAAAGAUUCCUCGUGAUCAAGAACCCUCUAUUCAUAUUUUAAUAUUGGGGAUGACAUACUUGAAAUUAAAAAAUUUCCCACUGGAAAUGUUCGAGGAAAGUGCAGGCUUCAUCAAGUCUAUAUCUAAAUUCUUUGGCUUAUCCCAAAACCAAUCCAUUCGUAUGGCAUAUGCCGAGGUUCUUAGUCAACUUCUUUUACCUUUGGCAGGGGACAUGACAGCAGAAGUUAACCACCCAACUUGGAUUGAAGCUAUGACAUCGAUUUUGUCUACUUGCAAAAAAAUGCAAUCUGACAGCAAAUGCUGGACACUUGCUUUUAAAUUGACCGUAGCAGUUUUGUGUGUUGCAAAUGCUGAAUUAUUUUCAAAGAACUGGCUUCCAUUGAUAGAAAAGAACAUCACUAAGAUUAAAUCAAAAUCCUUACAGGAUCGCGUGGCUUUCUCUAUGGGGCUCUCCCGUUUAAUUUGGGUUUAUUUAUUUCGAUGCACAGAAACGUUGAAUAAUACAGAUAAAACAUUGACUAAAUUGUUUUCCUUAUUUUUGAGUACAAAAAAGAAGGAGAACUGGAUUACUACUGAUAUGAACAUAAUCAACCCUUUAUGUGAUGUGUUUGUAACUGUUGGGUAUGUUCACCCAACAUUUGUCUUUGAAAAUGUCCUUUUACAUUUAGUAAAAUCAUCUUUUAAUGGCAUAAAUCUAGAAAACAUUGUCCAUGAAAAGUUGAUCUUAGUCAUCAACACUUAUAGAGGUCUUUUAAUGACAAAAGAAAGACCAUCGUUCCCGGACGCUGAACGUAGAUUCUAUGAAGUGGAUUUAAAUAAAAUUUCCAUCCAUCAAACAGAUAAGAAUUGGGCAAACCAUGAAGAACUUGUAAAAUACUUGUACAAACUUUUCAUGUUACUUGAUUCUAAUAUUGGAUCUGAAGUUUGGUCUCCAGAGAAUGAACAUCGACGUCAACCUUCAACUCCUUUCUCCAGUAUAACUAAUUUUGGAUUUGGUAUCAAUAAUGAAAAUAACGCCAAUUAUGCUAGAAGUCUGAAUAUGGCACUCUUCGCAACCCUUAUAGAGGUGUUACCUUGUUGCUUAUCAGUGUCACAAAGUAUACCAUUCAAGUCAACAAUCGAAAUUCUAUCAAGGAAUGCUGUCCAUGCUGAUCAGCUUAUCGCAACUAGUGCACAAAAUGCCCUUAAAGUUCUUGCGGCUAAAAAGAAUCCUUACACUUUGAUAACUUGGUUUGCUAAAUAUUCAUUUGAUUUUGAUGAGAAAACGCAAUCGCGGUACAGCUUAUACUACCUUUCUUCUGCGGAGUAUAAAAUUUUGCUUGAACUAUAUGUGGAACUACUGGAGUGCUGGCUAGAGGACUUCACCAAAAAUGAUCCAAAAGAUUCAGACCCUGAUGGCUCUUUGAAUGGAUCCAAUAAUGCACAAAAAACCUUCGAUACAGUUUCUCACGAAUCAGAUAAAAUUGAAUGGAAGAAUACUCAGACAGUUGUAGAGGAUGUCGAAGGAAAUGGUUUAUUUUUCCUCUGCAGUGCGGAUGCUGCUAUUCGCCGCUUGGCAAUUAGAAUAUUACAAUUAACAUCUAAAUUCGAUAAGGCUCUCCUCCAAAAGUCAUCAUUGUAUGAUAAAGGUCAUUCCAGAUCUUCUUCAAGACUUGUUGCGCAAUCAGGGUCUAGGCUUAUAGAUAUGUUAGUAUCUUUUGACAUUCCAAAAUUACUAGAACCUGAGAAACAAUCAUUGAGUGUAGCAGAGAAGUCCAGACUAGUAAAACUAACUAUGAAAUCGAAAAAGAACAUGUUGAUUCGAAUUUGUGAAUCCGAGUAUGGUAUAGAUGCUGCUCUUUGGCAAAGAAUAUUUCCUAAAUUGCUAACGUACAUUUUUGAACAGUCUCCGGUAACUAUGGCCUUAUGCAGAUCCAUAGUAUGUAUCCGUUUGGUACAAUUAUACGAUUUGAUUCUUUCAAUCACAAAUAAUGUAUCAGAUCGUUUCAAAGAUAUUUCGCCAGAAGCUGUUGUAAACCAAUGGAAACUUUAUCUUAUUGUUGCAUGUAGCUCCUUGACAUCCACAAAUGAUCAGAAACUGUACAUCCCAGCAACUAACGCGCAGCAUGGACGUAAGAAAAGUCAACAAAUAUUUACCGUGCAACAUCAGAAAAUAAAGUCUGCGACAUCAGUCUUCAAAAUCGUGCUACCGCUAUUGAACUGCGAUAAAACUUUUAUUAAAUCUGCAAUAAUUACUGGGCUAAGCGCUAUGAACAUUAACAUAUACAGGGCGUACAUCGAGAGUAUCGAUCAAUUUCUAACAACAUGGAGUCUUACCAGUUCCAACAAUGGUAUGAGAAUGGAGAUGGUUCACAUUUUAGUAAUUCUAUCUCCAUUUUUGAAAGAUAAACAGAUAAAUUCUGAUGAAUGGAUUUUGGAAAAGCUUUCUCAUUAUCUGAAGGAAAUGAAGGUUUUCUUAGAAUUAGAAGAAGUUCAACAAUCAUUUCAGUACCAGCCGCUUCGCCAGUAUUUUGCUGGGUUUUUAUCGAGUUUUUACACCGCAAUUCGAACGCAUGACUCAUGCGAAGUAUUCUUCCCUUUUGAAGCUAGGGCUUCAUGCUUUAAUUUUUUGAAAGAAUGGUGUGGUUAUGGCCAAUAUACUGCUAUAGCCAGUCAGAGAUACCGAAUCAUGGCAAAUAACUAUCAAAAGGGAUCCGAAGAGGCAACCUUUGCGACAGCGCUAGAAUUUCAAAGAAGUAAAUUGGAAAUCGUGGCUUUGGAAUGUAUGAUAAUUUUGUGUUCAAGCGAGGUGUCAAAAACAAUAUUCGGCUCUGAUGACAUGCCAAUUCAAAUGUCGUUUGAUAUUGCAGGGCUUCUUUGCUGGAUUGAUUCGCUUUUGCAUGCAUCGAAUGAUAAAAUCAAAAUUCUCGGUGUUAGAGCUCUAAAGACUCUGCUUGAAGCGAAUUCAUCGAACCUCCAGCUUUUGAGAGAUGUUCUUCACCAAAUAAAAAUACAAACUUCUGACACGCUUAUUCAACAUGCGUAUUAUUCAUUAUUUUGUGAAGCUGUAUGCAAACAGGAUGAGCUAUUAUUGACUGAUGAUGAACUAAUUGCGUUUGGAUUAAAUGGGGUAGUUAGUAAUGAUAAAGCUAUGAGAGAACAUGCUAUAGAUCUCCUCAGCUUUAUAGAGACCAAGUUAUACGAAUCAUCAUAUGCAAGAAUCUUCAAAGAAAGGUUGUCAAAUCAAUCUAAGACCGUUUACAAAUCUACUGCUCAGGAAAUAUCAAAUAUAUUUUCAGAAUUAUUACCUCAAGAAGUGAGAUUAAAAGUGUUUGCCAGGAUGACCGAAUAUUUUCACAUUUUACCUACUGAAUUGAAACAGAAUAUUUUAAUGAUGUUUGUCCCAUGGGUUAAUAAGUUUGUUCUAAAAUCGCAUGAUGACUUAGAUACUUUUAUGAUAUUGAAUAACACUUUUGCUUUAACCAUUUACUCUAAGAAUAGAUAUCCUAUGGAAGUAGAGCAACUUUGGAUCUCUUUGGGGAAAGGGAAUUCAUUUCAAAAUAUCCAUGUCGUUCUAGACUACAUUAUAUCAACUUCAAUUAACUAUAGAAACCCUGAGUUUGUGAAGUAUGCGAAAGAAAUCGUACUGUUUUUAACGAAUGUUCCCGGAGGAAUGGGUAUUGUUGAUACAUUGUUUCACAAUCUUGAACCAAAACACAUGAUCCCAACAUCAAAAAUAGCACAUGAAGAACCUGAAAAUAAUGAUAAGUACUCCUUCAUUGCUGAUAUAUGGUCCAUAUUAGACUAUCAUGGGAAGGAUGUUGUCUUUUCGAAAGCGCAAUUAUCUAUGAUCUUUUUGGUCAACCUGCUGAUUAUACCGAAUGAAUCCGUUAAGGCUCGUUUACCUUUGCUCUUACACAUAUCAGUAUGUCUUCUUGAUCACCACGUACCUAUAAUUCAAGAUAGCGCCUGUAGGAUUCUAUGUGGUAUCAUCAAUGGACUUCAUCCUACUCACGAAAAGUCUGUUGAAACCGUUAAUCUAGUAAAAAAUCGUCAAAUGCUAUGGCAAUAUGAAAAUCUCACAAAAGAAUCUGGUGCUAGAUCUCCCCGAAGUAUGGACAUAGUCAUUAGAAAUAUCAUUGACAUUUUUUCGGACAUCGAAACAUUACAAGUGGAAUGGCAACGCACAUCACUUAAAUGGGCAACUACCUGUUCUGUCCGUCAUAUUGCAUGUCGUUCUUUCCAAAUUUUCAGGUCCGUAUUGACUUUUCUUGAUCAAGAAAUGUUACGUGAUAUGCUUCACAGAUUAUCGAAUACCAUUGCAGAUGAGAAUCCUGAUAUCCAAGGCUUUGCAAUGCAGAUCUUGAUGACAUUAAAUGCAAUUACUGCUGAACUAAAUGCGGCUAAACUUAUAGACUUUCCACAGCUAUUUUGGUCGGUUGUUGCAUGUCUUAACACCAUCCAUGAACAAGAGUACAUCGAAGUACUUUCAUCAUUAUCGAAAUUUGUAUCAAAAAUUGAUUUAGACUCACCUGAUACAGUACAAUGCUUAAUUUCUACUUUCCCUUCUAAUUGGGAGGGUAAAUUUGAUGGUUUACAACAGAUUAUAAUGAUUGGAUUGCGUUCUUCAAGCUCAUGGGAUAUUUCUUUACAAUUUUUGGAUAGACUAAAUUUAUUGAAUGAUAGUCAAAUUAUCGCCAACAAAGAGUCUCGCAUUCUCUACGCGCUUCUUGCGAACUUACCUCGUUUCUUAUAUGCGUUAGAUACUAAUGAUAUCAAUGAAAAUGUUAUACGUGGCGCGGACUGCCUCAUUUCAUUAUGUAUGGCAAACAAUGAACCUUCGUUAUCUAGAAUCAUAGAUUCAAUGGUGAAAAGUAAAUUCAGAUCAAAAAAGGAUUUUAUGAGUCAAAUUGUUACCUUUAUUAAUAGCAACUACUUCCCCAAGUAUGCACCUCAGGCAUUGGUAUUUUUAUUAGGGUUAUUGUUCAAUAGCAUGGACUGGGUAAAAAUUCAGACAAUGCAAUUACUAAAGAAUAUAUUCCCUCUUACCGAUCUCUCCCGUCCAGAAUUUAUCGGUGUAGGUGCUGAUUUCAUAUCUCCGCUUUUAAGGCUCUUAUUGGGUGAGCUUGAACCUCAAGCUUUAGAAGUCCUUAACACUAUACCAAAAGUUUCUGGAAGUAAGAUGGAUAAAGAUGUGUUAAGAAUUAGUAUGGGUAAUAAGGACGCGAAGAAAGUCUAUAAUAAAACUGCGACUUUGUUCGGAAUACCAGAGGAAAGCGGGUGGUCUAUUCCUAUGCCGGCGUUGACGGCUGCUUCUACCCGUCAUAAUGUCCAUGCGGUAUUUACUACCUGUACAGUGAUUAUCGGGGGGGAAACUGACGCAACUGGUUCUGAUGUCUUGGAAGAAAUUGUUGAAUUUCAUGCGGAUGGUGGUUACGUUCAAGGUACUGACGAGUAUGGAGAUAUUAUUUCUGUUCCAGAAGAAAAAGAUCCUUCUCUAAGUCACAUGUGGGCUGAAUUAGAUAAUCUUGGUUCGUUCUUUACAAAAUCGGAUUUUAUGCAAGCUGAGGAAGAAGAAGAAGAAGAAGAAGAAGUGUAA